AUGGCAUACCAAGAAAGCAGCUAUGGCCCACGUUCGACGUACGCCGGCCCGACCAAUAAUGCACCUCAUUUCCCGCAGUCACAUCAACAACAUUCCCACUCGCACUCGCAGUUUUAUCCCAAUCCAUAUCCUCACUCCAACCAAUCCAAUGCCUCCUCUCCUCCUCUACCCUCCUACACACUCCCACAGCCUUCCGAAGGCCAGACAUAUCACUCCCAAAGACUGCCGUAUGGUCCCAAUCAGAUUCACAAUGUCGGAGGACUGUCGACGCAGCCUCCCAUGACUGCGCCUGAUGAUCACUUUAAAAAGCCCUAUCUGCCCCAGCAGCAAUAUAUGAACCAUGGUCAACCACCCGCCAAUUUCAUAGACCAUCAGCGACAAAAGUCCUCUUCAGCUGUAUCCGAGCUCGCGCCAGCUCAGGCUUACUCCGGAGCCUCAACGACUCCUCAGCGACUCCACACCUCUAGCUCCUCCUAUCCACCGACUUCCACAAUGACCGUGACAGCUGCCCCAAUCAAUCCACCCUCCACUCAAUCAACUCCCACCUCCGAAGUACCCUCUCAAUCCGCAGACCCCGCUCUUCAACCCGGCGGACUUUCGUCACUUGACCAACAACGCGUCGAUGCCCUCCUCCAAGUCAACAACCUCCUGCUACAAGAAGUCACAAUCCUGCAGAAAGUCGGGUUCAAGCCGUCUCCACAAUCGCCUCAACAGACGGCGCCCCCAAACACCUCCUCACCGCAGGCGACUCCGGCACCUCCUACCUCAGCAGGCGACCCUACAUCAACUACCCAAAACCAAAACAACUCGGUCACCAAAACAAAUCCCACCGUCAGCACACCUACAAUGACAACACCCACCACCGCAACAGCACCUCAGCAACCAUCCCUCAAUACCAAAAAAUACGUGGAAUUCAUGACCCGCAUCAAAACCAACAUCAUGUUCCUUGUUAGCAUAUCUGACCAAGCGAAGGAUAAGCCCCGGUUGCCGUACCCCAGCCACCUCGAAGCACCACCUCUCUGGCUCAAUCCUGGAAACGAGGAGGGAGACAGGCAAUUGGACUUGCUGAGGGAGGAAUACACCAGGCUCCGAGAGCUGUGGCCGGAUUGGAAGCCGGAGGUCAGGAAACCGCAGGUGGGAGGGCAACCGGUGCAACCUGGGCUGCAACAAGGGCAGCAACAGAUGCAACAGCCUCCAGUGCAACAGCAGUCAUGA